AUGUCAACUUGGGACUAUAUCAUGAAAUUUGUCGUAGUAGGAGAUUCAAAUACUGGAAAAUCUUCAUUAUUAGUACAACUUACUGAUAAAAGAUUCUUAACUCAAUCUGAUCCAACUAUUGGAGUGGAAUUUGGUGCUUCUUUGAUUUCUUUACCUAAUGGAAAAACUAUCAAAGUUCAAGUUUGGGAUACAGCUGGUCAAGAAAGUUUUCGUUCAAUCACUAGGUCAUAUUAUAGAGGUGCAUCAGGUGCAUUAUUAGUGUUUGAUACGACUUAUCGUCCAUCAUUUCAACAUUUAGAGAAUUGGUUAAAAGAUUUAAAAUCAUUUGGUGAUCCUAAUUUGGUGAUCGUCUUAGUGGGAAACAAAUCGGAUUUAAUCACUUCAAAUUCUCAAUCAGAUUCAUCAUCAACUUCAACCCGUCAAGUUUCAGUAGAAGAAGCUCAACAAUGGGCAAUUGAUCAUGAUUUACAAUAUAUUGAAACGAGUGCUAAGACAGGUGAAAAUGUAGAAGAAGCAUUUGCUUCUGUUGCAAAACAAAUCCAUCAAUUAGGUUUCUUAGAUCAAUCUAAAUCGAAUCGAAACAACACAAUUAAUAAAGGUUCAAGUUUUCCAAUCCAUUCAACUUCUUCAACUUCUUCAUUUAAUUCAUGUUGUUCAAAAUAA